CACACUUCUUGCGUUCUUGACGUCCAUCCUCCCCCGCGCCGGGGGAGGCCGGCUAAACCAGGGGACAGAUCGCUGCAGACCGCCGGGGGGCGGGGGAUGCCGGGCUGCCGCAUCAGCGCCUGCGGCCCGGGGGCCCAGGAAGGGGCGGCGGAACCGGGGUCCCCGCCACCGCCGCCCCGGGAGCCCCCGCCGUCCCCUCAGCCCCCGCCCCCACCUCCAACUUUGACCCCGACUCCGACUCAGGCCGCGUCGCUGCCAGAGGCGACCCCGGCGUCUGUGGGUUCGACCGGUGGGCAAGAGCUGCAGCGCUGGCGCCAGAGUGCUAACGGGGGUUCGGGGGAUACGGGGCCGUUAGGGAGUGCGGGCGGCGGCCCGGGCGCGGCGGGGGUAGGGGGGCGCGCACUGGAGCUGGCCGAAGCGCGUCGGCGACUGCUGGAGGUGGAGGGCCGCCGGCGCCUGGUGUCGGAGCUGGAGAGCCGCGUGCUGCAGCUGCACUGCGUUUUUUUGGCGGCCGAGCUGCGCCUGGCGCACCGCGCCGAGAGCCUAAGCCGUUUGGGUGGUGGCGUGGCGCAGUCCGAGCUCUACCUGGCGGCGCACGGGUCGCGUCUUAAGAAGGGCUCGCGCCGCGGCCGGCGCGGCCGCCCGCCCGCGCUGCUCGCCUCGGCGCUGGGUCUGGGCAGCUGCAUGCCCUGGGGCACCGGACGCCUGCGGCGGGGCCGCGGCCCUGAGCCAGACUCGCCCUUCCGCCGGAGCCCGCCCCGCGGCCCCGCCUCCCCCCAGCGCUGACCUCCGCGCCUGGACCCCUGGCCACCCGAGACAGGCUGUUGCCGAGGCACCGACGAACGAUUGUUGACGCCGGCUGGAUGGACUGACCGACCACAGGAAGAGACAGUCGGGCGGCCAGGGAACCAGUUAAGGAGGCUGAGCUCCUCCCAGCAACUCUGUGGAUCUGAACUCCUGGAUUCUGUUCUUUCCCUGAGCACCUCCUUCAGGAAGACUUCUUCGGUCAACCCUACACAACUCUGAGCCCUCCUCACUUCAUGGGAGCACUUGGUUUCACCGAGGCGAGGGGCUGGAUUCUGGGGAAAUUGCCUAUCCUUUGAAUUUCUUUAUGUAUGCCAUAUUCGACUUUGGCUUACGCUGUACAACUGGAAGUGUUACUACAGGUCCCUGAGAUGCAAUCAGAUUAUUUAAGAGUGCAGUAAACAUUUCCAGUGUGAAAGUGAAAAGGAUUUCUUUAAAAAAUAGAGUCAUCAUUCUUUUAAACAAGUCACAACGCGGCUUAGUAGCUGCAGUUGCUUCUCAGUCAAACAGCUUGGAGACCUGUUUGAGAGAAACCGGUUUGAGAAACUUCUUUUCCUCAUUCACGGUUCUUGCCCCGUCUCCGUGGGAGCAUGCCUGUGGCCCUUCAGAAAGGUGAUCAGCUCUAGCUUUUUGGGGGACAUACCUCUUUCUCAGAAAGAGGUAGUGGCCACAUAAUUGUAAGCAAAGUUUUAAGUGAGAAAAGGAACCACACUUAUUCACAUUUAUCCUCAUAAUAGAGGGAAGGGGGCCACAUUUACUCACACACAACCCAGAACUUGUAGAAUUCUUCAAAAUGAAUGUGUAUUAAGUCAGUCCCCUGAUUCAUACAUUCAGGAAGAAUAAACUUCAAUAAUG